AUGUCUUAUAAAUUUGUAGUUGUUGGCGCAGGUUUAUCAGGUUUGAGCAACGCUUUUUUUAUAAAGUAAUUGUAUCCCAAAGCCAAAAUCACUUUGAUUGAAUCCUCCAAUAGAGUGGGGGGAAUGAUAACAACAAGAAAAGAAAAUUAAUUUAUUUGUGAAGAGGGACCACGUUCAAUUAAAAGAGGAAAGUAUGAUAGACCUUUAUUUUACAUGAUUGACAAAAUUGGGCUUUAUCCUGAAUGUAUUUAGCUGUUAUAUGCUUAGUUGUAACUGGUGUACAACAACCUUAUAGUUAUGUUUAUUGGAACGGAGGAUUAAAGAGUAUUCCAUAAUAAAUUAAUUUACAAACAAUUUCUAGAUUUAUCAAGGAUAAUGGAAAGGAUGAACUUCUGAAUUUAAUCAAAGCAUAUCCAAAAAUACUUUUUAAUAAUUAAGAAUCUGAUAAUUUAGGAGAAUAUUUAGAUGAAAUUUUGGGCAAAGAAUUAACAUAAAAGUAUGCUGAAACUGUGUUUUAUGGGUUAUUUGGAGAAUCUGUUUAUAAGCUAUCAAAGAAUAUGUGUUUCUCUAAAAUUCAUAUGGCUUCUUACGAUGAAUAGCAAUUAGCAAAGGAUUUAAUUUACGAUGCUGAAUUUGAAUAAAUAAGAAUAAAGAAAUUAAGGAAAGGUAUCGAAUAUAAUUUGAUUUUAUAAAGCAAAUAGUUACAAAUUUACUUAUGGGUUGGAUUCAUUACCAAAACGAAUAUUAAGAUAUUUAUAAGAUAAUUCAAAAGUAGAAAAUUUAGAUAUUCAAUUGAAUACAAAAGGAAAGGAAAUACAUAUUGAAUAAAGAUAAUUGGUGACAGAAAAUGACAAUAAAGAAAUUAAGAAAAUUGAAUAUGAUUACUUAUUCUUAAAUGUACCAUCUUCAGAAAUAGUGCAUAUGAUGGAAAAUUCAACUUUAAAUGAAAUCAAGGAGGAUUUAAAGAAGAUAAAGAACAAUUCUAUGAUAACAAGAAACAUUUGUUGGGAUUAAAAGAUAUUACCACCAGAUGUAAGUUAGAAUGUUAUUAUUUUAGUUUAGAGGGUUGGGAUAUUUAAUAAAUCCAAAUUAGAAUCAAAAUAUGUUAGGAAUGGUAGCAGAUUCUUUACAAUUUCCAAAUCAGUUUCCAAAAGGUUCAACCAGUCUAACUGUGAUGACAAUAAAGGAUGUGAAUGAUGAUUAGGUCCUGGAAGAAUUGAGUUCCCAUUUAGGAAUCAAGGUUUAGGAUCCAAAAUUGAUAAUUAAGAAACAUUGGAUGAAUAGUUUCAUUCAAUUUUAACCUGGAUAUUUAGAGAAUCUGCAGAGGAUUGAGAAGGGAUUAGAAAAUAAGAAGAUAAUAAUUGGUGCUAAUCAUUAUACAAUGGUAAUACCAGAAUUAGUCUAUUUGUCGUAUAGUAAGAUGAAAUAAUUAUAUGUGUGA